GCCCUACCCCCCAGUCACAACUUUUUUUUUUUUUUUUAUUCUUUUUUUCCCGUGAUUACUAUCAGUUAUCCCGUCCCCCAUCUAUUUAUUUAUUUACUUUUUUUCCCUCCCUUUUCAACUUUUUUCAACAGUCAAAAAGGAAUAUGCAUCGUGUUGCCAGUCGAAUUACUCAAGUCAGUCAGACAUGUCAUAGCAUGGGCUUCCAUAGUUCUGCUAGUCGUGCAGCCAUCAGUCGUUUUAAUUUACCUGCCAUGAGUCCUACCAUGACGGAAGGAACCAUUCACAAGUGGAAGUUGAAGGAAGGUGAUUCCUUUGUGGCCGGUGAUGUUCUUUUGGAACUCGAGACUGAUAAAGCUCAAAUCGAUGUUGAAGCCUCUGAAGAUGGUAUCUUGGCCAAAAUCAUUCUUCAAGAUGGAAGUAAGGCACCUGUCAAUACCUUGAUUGGUCUUUUAGCUGAAGAAGGGGAUGAUAUUUCUUCCGUUGAGAUUCCUGCCUCUGCACCUACUGCAUCUGCUGACACUGCUGCUGCUGCUGAUGCUGCUGCAGAGAAGCCUGUAGAAAAGAAGGUGGAGGCCCCUGUUGCAUCUAUCUCUCAUAAAGAUCUUGAUACGAGUAAGCUCAAGAAACCAUUGUCACCUGCAGUGUACAGUUUGGUUCUUAAAUAUGGUAUCAAGGACGUGGAUAGCAUCAAGGCAUCAGGCAACGGAGGUCGUAUUUUAAAGGGAGAUGUUUUAGCUCAUCUCGGUUUAAUCAAGCCCAAACCAGCACCUAAGGCUACAUUAAGCAUUGCCCCCCCUCGGGACCAAAUCGUCUUUGCCAAGACUGAAAAGGUCCAAGAAAAGAAGAAGAAGGAGGAGGUGCUUCCUAGUUUCAUUAGCAAGGAGAUGAUGGUGGACAACCUUUUAGGGUUACGUCAUACAAUGAAUGAACAAAAUGGUACUCAUGUGAGUGUCAAUGACUUUAUUGCCAAGGCAGCCCAACGUGCUUUACAAGAUGUUGUAGCCAAUAAGAGCGGUAAUGUAAAAAACCCUAUUGUUUAUAGUACCACCGCCGCCUCCUUUUCCGAAAAAUACACUGGAGGCCAAUUCAAGUAAAGUAGUAGUAGUAGUAGUAGUAUGUGUGUGUAACGUUACGCCAAGACUAAUUUUUUUUUGGUUGGUAGGGUGUUUAAUUUAGCUGAGCCUA